AGGUAUUUUUUCAACUUUGCGCUUUCAAUGACUCUAUUUCAUCUCAUCUGAUCUGAUUAUUAUGUUUUGUGAUUUACUACUUCUGUUUCAUCUUAGAUUAGUUUUGUAUUUGGUUGCUUUCACUUUAGUAUCCUGUUUUAUUUUGACGCUUCAACUUACUGUUUGUAAUCUAAAUCAUAAAUGAGUUUUCAAGAUAAGGCUCUGAUCUCCAGAUUACUUCUAGGGUUUACAUAUAAUCCAAUUUCAAAGCUUUUAUUUUUAGUGUCAGAUGACACUUUUUAUAUAUAUAUAUAUUGAAAGGGUUAAUACCAUGGAAAAAAAACUUGCAUACUUUCUCAUUUUUUCACCAGAAAAUCCCUCAACCUCCUAUACUUAUCAUGUAUUUUGAAAAAAAAGUAUUUAAAAUAAUGACUUGUUACAUCUGUCAAAAUGAGAUUAUAUAGUUUUUAUUAUUUCAAUUUUUUUUUUUUUUUUGUAAAAAAUUGAAUGUCACUUUAUCAAUUUUUGGCUAACGAGUCAUUAGUGUAAUAUUUAUUUAUUUAUAUUUUUUUUUUGCACAAUUUUUGGCUAAGUUGGGUUGAAAAAAAAAUCUGUGCCCUUUUUUAUAUCUUUAGAGAGUUUCAUAUGCAAAAAUUAUACAUAAAAAUUGAGAAGGUUUAUGAUAUGAACCAAAAAUAGCACUUUUUUGUAACAUAAAAGGUGGAAUGAGCCUAUGUUUGAUGUGUUGUUUUCAUUUACAGUGACUAUUAAGAUGGAGUGGUAUUUCAGUAACGAAGUUGAAGAUGUUGUUGUUCCAAAGGAUUAUGAAGAAGCACAAAUGAUAUCAUCACCAGAAAGCUGGUCGCAAUGGGGAAUGACUGGCUCAAAAAAGAAUUUGAACUCCAUGACAGGAGAAGAACUCACCUUCAAUGGAGGAAAGAACUUUUAUAAUGAAACAUCAACAUCGAACAAUUCAAGCAUAUACAUCAAUGGUGGAUCCCUUUUGUGGAAUGAUGAAGCAGAUUUUCAACAAUUUGUAGAGGAAGAAGCCAGAAUCAAUCACAUGGAUGACAUAUUCUUCAGUUCAUUACUUGAAGAAAAUGAUCCAACUGGGCCCCAUGACCUAGGCAAUGAUGCUAACAUCUUUGAGGGCGAAAUGGUAAAUUCUGAAUAUGUAGGAAGCCAUGGACAAAGCUCGAAAUACCUCAAAACACAUGCCUUCUCUCCAUCAACAGACUGGGGUAACAGUGAAGUUUCAACAACUUAUCAAAUGCCCAAGGAAUAUACAAGCAACGAGAACAUGGAAGAAUCAGUAUUGAGUAAUCUUGAAAGGGUGACUUCACAGUUCACGGACAGAACUCGAAUUUGCUUUCGAGAUGCUUUCUACCGACUUGCAGAAAGCUCAAAACAAUCAUUGAACUCAUGCCAAGAUGGAGAAUCUACGAUGACUUCUAUUGAUGAUUCGUCGAGGGCUGGAGGAGCAGAAUCAAAAACAAAUGCUAUUGAUAGAACAGUAGCCAGUCUCGUGUUUCAUUAAAGAAAUUACUAUGAGGAUGCACAUGUCCCAAUGCAGCAGCCAAUUGCUUAUUAAAUUUAGUUUUGUGAUUUGUCCCUUUUUGCAGAUAUAUCAUGUAUUUGGUUUGGUCUACUGUAUGUAUGUAUAUAUGUUGCAGUUAGGUAAAUGUUUACAUCUUUCAUUCUUGAAUGGUGUUUUGUUGUUAGGGAGAUACUAGUUCGGGUUUAUACAUCUUAGCAAUCUUUUAUUUGCUACCGAGCAUGAGUUGAAUAUAGACUUGGAAUCGAGUAUAACGUGUUAUAUUUUUUA